AUGAUGGAACGUCGUUUCCAACUUCCUCCCCCGAAAGAGUACACAGUAGGAUGGGUGUGUGCUCUCCCGAUAGAGUAUGCAGCAGCACAGGAACUAUUGGACGAGGAACACACAGAACCCAGCCUGGAUCCAAAUGACGGCAAUUCAUAUGCAUUUGGCACGUUUGACAAGCAUAACGUUGUGAUCGCAUGCUUGCCGGCCGGACAGACCGGCAACGUGUCAGCAGCUGCCCUUGUGACCCAGAUGAUGGCUUCAUUCAGAGAGAUUCGUUUCAUUUUGCUGGUUGGCGUUGGAGGAGGGGUUCCCAGCGUGCGCAACGAUAUCCGGCUCGGCGACGUCGUUAUCAGCCAGCCAGCUCAAAAUUAUGGUGGAGUAGUUCAGUACGAUUUCGGCAAAGAAAAGCCGGGCGGCUUUGUGCGUACUGGCUCCCUUGCUUCUCCACCCAAGGCCCUCUUAAGCGCCGUCGCGAAGCUUCAAUCUAAUUACUUUCGACAAAAGAUCCGUUCUGUGGAGUAUAUUACCAAGCUUCAUCGCCUUCCGGUAUUUGGACGCGACAUUGAUUGGGCUGAUACUCUCUAUGAAGCAGAGUACACGCACGUUGGGGAAGAGGGCCAGACUUGCAAGUCAUGCAGCCAAGAGCGGGUGGUGAAAAGGGCGCCACGCAAGACUUCCCAGUUUGUGAUCCACUACGGCACAAUAGCAUCCGGCGACAAGGUUAUGAGAGAUGCGGUGAUAAGAGAUCGCGUAAGCCGGGGUCUCGGCGGGGUACUCUGCUUUGAAAUGGAGGCGGCGGGUUUGAUGAACAACGCCCCGUGUCUUGUGAUCCGCGGUAUUUGUGACUACGCGGACUCGCACAAGAAUAAGCUGUGGCAGGCGUAUGCGGCGGGGACAGCAGCAGCAUGUGCAAAAGAGCUGCUAUCGGUUAUACCUGCGACGGACAUUAUAAAUACAACAACGUCGCAUAAACGAAUAGAUGCAAGGCCUGGUUAG